CAUGUUUCCCCAUCGUAAGCUUCAAACGCAUUUCUGUUAAAAAAGAUGGCAACAUGGUUGCAACACGCAUCGUUGAACUCAAGUUUUUGUCCCCUAAAUUACCUCAACACAUCUCAAUCUAUAACAUGAUUUUCGACGUCAAACCCAGUAUUCGCUCUCCUAAUCAAUGCAAUCGUUGCCUUCGAUACGGUCACACUCAAAAGUUCUGUCGAAGUGACCCUAGAUGCAGUCAUUGCGGUAUUUCCAAACAUUCUAUUUCUGAAUGUCCCACCGUUCAUGCCACAGAUCCAAGCUGCAUUUUCUAUAAACUUCCUCACCUCGCCACAGACCGUAGCUGUAAAGAAUGGUCAACCCAAAAGGAUAUUAAAAAAAUCAUGGCUACAGAAAACAUUUCCUUCAAAGACGCUAUAGAUUUUAAGAAAAAUAAAUGUUAUUCUACUGCAAAUACUUUUUCUGACGUUGUAAAAAGCCAGCCUCCAAUCUCCGAAAUUCUUAAACCCAACUCCACUCUCCGCGAAGAUAGCUUCCCUAGUCUACACGAUAAUCAUCAUUUUUUCAAUUCCGGUAAACAAAAACUUAAAGCUCGACCCUCUUAUAACAAAAAAUAUAAUUACUCGGCAUUUGAAAACCAAUCUCACUCACCUAAUGGUAAUUACUUAAAUAUACUCCCUAACUUAGAAUCCUCUCCUGUAAUUAACUCAGGAGAUUUAUCAUGGGUUCAAUCUCUUUCCCAUAAACUAUCUGAAACUCUUAUUAAUUCUCCUUCAUUAUCUACCCCUUUCUCCUCCACCUCCCUUCAGUCCCUAAUUGAAUCUUCCAUAUAUUCUCUUCUCAAUACUCCUUUCUAUAAUCUCACUGCAUAAUUUAUACCUCACUGCAGUUCAUUGCGAC